AAAUUAUGACCUAUUAACUUCACCACAAAGCCACCGCCAUGUUCUACACAUCCAUGGAUUCUCUUCUGCACCUUCAGUCUCUUCAAUUUUCAUCUAUGCUACUCAUUCUUCUCUCUUUAUUGGUUUCCAUUAUUUUCUUGCUUCGCUCUCGCAGGAAACUCUCCUACCCUCCAGGCCCCAAAGGGUAUCCUAUUUUUGGCAAUAUGAACAUCGUGGACCAACUGACUCACCGCGGCUUAGCUCGUUUGGCUAAGCAAUACGGUGGGCUGUUCCACCUCCAGAUGGGCGGGCUUCAUGUCGUUGCUGUGUCCACACCGGAGAUGGCUCGAGAAGUCCUUCAAGUCCAAGAUGGCAUCUUCUCCAACCGGCCAGCAAACGUUGCGAUAACCUACUUGACCUAUGAUCGAGCCGAUAUGGCCUUUGCAAACUAUGGUCCGUUUUGGCGUCAAAUGCGUAAAAUCUGUGUGAUGAAGUUAUUUAGUCGGAGAAGGGCUGAGUCUUGGGCGUCCGUACGAGAGGAAGUGGAUUCCAUGGUCUGGAUAGUGAUGGAGAAAACUGGUUCGCAGGUGAAUAUUGGUGAACUAGUUUUUGCAUUAACUAGGAAUAUAACCUACAGGGCUGCUUUUGGAUCAGUUUCAGAUGAAGGGCAAGAUGAAUUCAUGAAAAUCUUGCAAGAAUUUUCAAAGCUUUUUGGAGCUUUCAAUGUUGCAGAUUUUUUUCCUAGGAUGGGCUGGAUGCAUGCACAAGAUUUUAAUAAGAGGCUAACCAGGGCACGACAAUCGCUAGACGGGUUCAUUGAUAAGGUCAUUGAUGAACAUAUGGGGAAGAAGAACAGCAGUAAGAUUACCAAAGAUGAAAAUGAAGAAGAAACAGACAUGGUAGAUGAACUGAUGGCAUUUUACAGCGAAGAAGAUGUUGCCAAAAAUGGUAUCUACGACUCACAAUCUACCAUUAAGCUCACCAGAGAUAACAUCAAAGCUAUCAUUAUGGAUGUGAUGUUUGGUGGAACUGAAACUGUAGCAUCAGCAAUAGAAUGGGCAAUGGCAGAGUUAAUGAACAGUCCAGAAGAGCUUAACAAAGUGCAGCAACAGCUAAUAGAAGUGGUUGGCCUUAACCGAAAAGUUCAAGAAUCAGACCUUGAAAACCUGACCUACCUAAAUUGCGCCCUGAAAGAAACUCUACGCCUCCACCCUCCCAUUCCUCUCCUUCUCCAUGAAUCUGCUGAGGACAGCACUGUUGCAGGUUACAAAAUCCCAGCAAAAUCACGUAUCAUGAUCAAUGCAUGGGCCAUCGGGCGCGACCCGAGUGCAUGGGCUGAUCCGAAUAAGUUUAAACCGAGCAGGUUCCUGGAAGAUGGUGCACCGGAUUUCAAGGGAAGUAAUUUUGAGUUUAUACCAUUUGGGUCGGGUCGGAGGUCGUGUCCGGGUAUGCAAUUAGGGUUGUAUGGAUUGGAGUUGACGGUAGCUCAUUUGCUUCAUUGUUUUAAGUGGGAAUUGGAUGAAGGAGUGAAGGCCAGUGAGCUUGAUAUGAAUGAUGUGUUUGGACUUACUGCACCAAGAGCUGUUAGACUUGUUGCUGUACCUACUUAUAGAUUGAAUUGCUCUUUUUGAAGUGAAAAGAAUGAAUGUAAAUAGGGAUGGAUUUAUUAUUAUGAUCUGUUAGGAGGAAUAUACAGAAAAAAAAGGUAAUGUUGAAGCCGGAAUACUAUCAAUGGAUUGGAGAUUGUAUUCUGUGGUUUGUUUC